ACCUGUUCCUCGCCCAUGCCCCUCGCAUCCCAUCCCAACUGGGUGUGUUUGGUGCGUAUUUUGGGUUUGGCACCAUUGGCGCACCAGCAACGGCACUGCUGCCAGACGACGACCACCACGACCACGACGACCGACGCAUGACCCAUUUCAACCUACUUGCGCGUAAAUCGAUCCAGUGACAACCCAUUGUCGUUGGUUGACGUCGUCGACGACGGAGACGACAACGACCUAUUACUACUACUGCUGCGACACACACACACUAGGUUGAAACGAAACCACGCCCUCUUUCAUCAACGCUACUCGCUUCAAGGCUCCUGCUAGGCUCCCCCCUCCCCUCUCCCAUUGCAUCAUAUAUCAUCAAGCGCGCGCCAACGGGCCGCAUACCUCGCAACGACCAACAGACCCCACUUGUCCCCCUCUCGCUCGACCUUGACUACAACACUAGUCUCGCCUCGACUCGACUCUCCCUCGCCCCCUCGACGUGACCAACGCGUAUAUCAUCGACGCUAGACCCAGACCCCUCGGCCAAACUACGCCCCCCACCACCACCACCCAUCAUACCACACCUACACCCCACGCCGACGUCGUCUUCUCCGUCGCAACUUUUGACCUUGUUGUUGUUCAACCCGCACAAGCUACGCUACUACUUGGCACUAGCUCGUGUCCGCACACGACGAGUCCGGAUCCAACGAAUACCCGUUACCUCAUCGCGCCGUUUGCCCACUUUGGACACUAGACAAUCGACCCGUCCGUUCUGGUCUGGCCUCUGGCUGGCUGACGAUCACUUUGCAACAACGGAGCACCUUAAAUAGCGCGUGCCCAGCCUUCGCUAUAAACCACCACCACAUCACACCGCGUCGCCCUUGCCCCCCUCCCUUGUUUGCCGCCCAUCGCAACAAUACUACCCCUCACCCAAACCAUCUCAUGUCUCCUCGGUGACUCUUUGCUCGACAACUUUGAGCCUUAGCCUUAGCAGCACCACGCCACCCGCGAACGCGUCGACCACCACGCAACGCCCGACAGCAUGGUCCUGGAUAUUGUGGUUCAGUCAAAGCACAGCAACACUGCCAGAGUGUUUCCUCAUUCAGGCUUCUUUGGCGUCACACCGGUCAUCAUUGCUGGCACCCUGCACAUGAAGCUGCCUGCCGAGGUCAAGUCGCUCCCAAUCCGAUCAAUACAAGUCGCCGCAACAUGCUACGAAACAAAAGACCCUGGAACCAUCAGAUCUUCCGCUGGCGAACACAUCCUGUGGGAGAAGCGGAGAUAUGUUUGGCAACCACCCCCUGGCCAAGUCGAAUCAUUGAUCACAGAGGACUGGGACAUUGACUUUAGAAUAUCCAUCCCGCCCGAGGCCGCCGACUUGACAAAGAGCACCCAGCUCCUGCGCGAGUGGAGGGCACAAUGGCGGCUCGAGAUUUUAAUCGAGCACAAGCCCAUCAAGUAUGUCGGCGAGGGCAUCAGCCGCCGCUUCACCCUCAACCUGUACAACCACCGCACCCCACCCCCCGCCGCCACCCCGUUCCCCACUGGCGGCAUUGCGACGUCCGGCAAGGACCUGGCGUCGACCUCGCACGUCUUCCUUGCUCCGCCAACAAGUGCCUUUGGCCCUGGCGACAAUGUACCUCUUGCAUUUGCGGUGCGCGUGGCCGACCCGUCCACCUCGGUGCGCAAGGUCCAAGUGAUCCUCGAGCGCCGCCUCGAGGUCUACACCCUCGACCGAGGUACCUCGGGAUCACGCGGACCAUCACCCGACGACGACGACACGGGUAGUAUCGCGCCGCCAACAACGCAUAGGUCGCACAUCUCCAACCUGUUCAACCGCAGUUCCUCCCCACGGCGCUUGAACGCCGCUGCCAGUGCGAGCAGUGGCAACCUCAUCUCCACUCAGGACUUGGAGAGCUACACGACCCGCGCGUCCGUCGCCUCGACCACCUUUACCACGUCCACCCGCCGCCCACCAAAGGUCGAGAUCCACAAGGUUGGCGUUUCCGAGUGCGAACUGACCAGCCGGGGCGAGAGCGGCUCGUACUGGGCUGUUGGCAACAUUGCGCUGCCGCGCCGCCUUCCGAACGGAGGGGCCUGGGACAUUGGCGAGUCGGGAAGCACGCCGCUGGCGCGAAUCUCGUUCAGCCUCUACACCAAGGUGUGGGUCAAGACCAAGAGAGGCAGCUCGCCAAAGGAGACCGUGUCAGCUCCCGUUGCUCUCACAAUUGUCGGCGUUCCCGAAGAGGACAGAGCAAGGGCAGCACAGGCAAAGGCGACCCGGGAGGAGGCUCGCGCCGCGCUGGCCGAAGCCCGUACUUCAUCACGCGCCCACCUCAAGCCAGCCAGGCGCACCGGCAAGAGCAGCAGCCAGCUGUAUCUGCAGGCUGGAGACGUGGACAUUUCUUCCGAGCACAUUGCGUCCAUUUCGCGGGCGUCGUUACCGCUCGACAAGAAUGGGCGGAUGGCGUCGCCAAGCGCGUCGCCGCCCGACAGCACGCCGCCCGUGGCGUUGAGACCCAUACUGUUACGCCACGACGGCGACGGCGACCACAUCCGGAACCCGCACUCGACCAUCCAGUUUGUACCGGCGCCCGACGCCAUGCCGGUAUCCCCCGCGUCGACUGUGUCGUCAUCUCGCGGCGGCAGCGGCGGCGGCAUCCAGCUCCCGUCCCUCCAGUCCAUCUUCCCGUCCGAGCUCUACCCCUCGCCUGCGUCGCCCCAAAGGUUUGCGGCCCACGAGUACACUGGGUCGCCCCACUCUCCCACCGCGCCGUUACUCCCUGUCCCGAUGGAAAUCCUCGACUCGGAGCAGGGGCACGACGAGUCGUCGUCGUCUUCGUGGCACGAGUCGCCGCACGACUCGUCGUCGUCUUCGUCUUCCAACUCGCAGUACCGUCACGCAAGGACGGCUAUUGGCGGGCGGCGCAUUUCAUCGACGACGAGUGACGACGAGGAGCAGCCGUUGCGCAACCGUCCCCGUCUUGGCGCUGCCGCCACACCGCAGCGGCCCAAGACCCGCGCGCCGCUGCCGUCGCUUGACGCGCUGGGUUUCGGCCUUCCCGCUCUGCCUGAGGACUACCGCCCGCCGUCGAGCCGAAGGCCGCGUACCGCGCCGUCUUUCAGUGCGUACUCUGCCUCUGGCAUGGCGCGUGCUCCGCCCCCACCGCCCCUGUCCGGUGCCAUCUCGCACGACAUGGGCGCCAUCUCGCACGACGCGAACAAGACGCCGACGCAGGAGUACCCCCACCCCCAGGCAUUCUCCGACUCGCGGGCGCCGUCCAAGCGUCCGUCGACGUCGGGCAGUGUCUUUUCUCUGAUGCGGACGGCCCCGCCGUUUGGCUACUCGUCGUAGGCGCCAUGUCCGCCAAAAUUUCCCCACCUGUUCUCCUCCCCCAUCGUUGUUCCAUUGCAUGCCGUCUGGCCACUGUUUCAUUUAAGCAUUUGCAUGUAUCUAGAGUGUGUCGAAG